UAUAUCACGGCAGCUACUUUCCGUGAGCGUUCGUGUGUGGUUAUUUGAGGUUAUUUGGAGUUCAUCAGUCCACUAGAGUGUUCUUCUGGAUUGUUCUGAUUUGCGCUGUUUAUCUAGAACAUCUUGAAAAUGAAUACAGUCUUGCGUGUAAAACGAAAAUCCAAAGAUGUGCCGUUAAGUUCGUUGGUAGUUGGGUGCAAACGUCCGAGAACGCAUUUUCUUUCUUCGGAUUCAGCCGAUCCCGACCUGAAAACAGUCGCCCACUUCGCCGGCACGCUCUUGGAUGUCUCCGAGGAUUUCCAUAAGGUUGUGCCAAAAGUUAUACAUUUCGAGAGUUUGGGGGCGUCUAAGUCUUAUAAGCGAAUGUCCGAUGAUGAAAUAAAACCAUAUCUGGCGAAAAAGCCUAGAUGGAUAGACAUGGAGUCUACGGUAGAAAAGAUCAAAAUUAGCAAAUAUGAAAACCCAUCAAGAGGGAAAGGGAAACCUGAGAAUCUCUGCGAUAUUCUUAAGAGUAAUGCUCCGGACCCCCUUGAGGAAGGACCCUCUGAGGAGAAAAUGGUGACGUUCGUAGAUUUGGAAGAUACCUGGAGCAAUGAUUUUUUAAACAAAAGAGAACAACGGCAAAGAGGGAAAGAUAAUACUUACGUUUACGAUCUGUAUUAUGUGGAAAUGGAUGAGGAUGUAUGGUUCGACAGCGCUAGGAUAUUGGUACAGCAUCCGAAAUUGAACAUAUAUGAUGAAUGCUCGGAUUACGAGGAUUGGAAAGAUUCUUCAGACUCGAAUUCAGAAUCCAAUUGGAGAAACGAUUAUCCUGACACCGAGACUUCUGAAUCCGACGAUUCAAAUGAUUCCAUGAAAAGAUAUCUCUCUGACAAGAGUAGCUCCUCCUCUGAUGACAACAGUGUGUAUGAUCUGUCCAACAUGAAGGCUGAUAUACUUAUGACAUCAGACACUUCCAGUUCCAGUUCCAGCGACUUUUUCAGCUCUUCCGAUGAAAAGGAGAACAAUGACUGUUAAAGUACCAUCCUUGAAUUAAAAACAUGUUAGUGAAUUUAUAACAGCUAUAGAAAUGCAGAGAUUUACCACAUUUUGUAAGAUAUAAAAUGUUUAAGUCAGUAAGAAGUUACCAGAUUGAACACUACAGAGUUUUAGAAUUAUAAUUUGUGACUGUUAAUUCCUCGCUGUCGUUGAUUAUGACGUCAAAAGCGGGAAAUCGUAAUGACUUUUAUUGCUAAUAGAGUUUUUAUCACUUCUAUUGUUCGUCGAAAUAAAUUAGCUUUGUUUCAUGCAAAUAAUCGGCUUUCGGAAUGUAUACUGUAAGAAAAUACAUAAUUUUCUGAUAUGGCUGCUGUAAGGACACAGCAGCUUCAACUUACAAUUUAUUAUGAUGUAGAAUUUAGAAAACUUAAGGAUUGAUUUAUAUAUUUUAAAAAAAAAUUAGUAUAAUAGAACAUUGGAUAAGUUUGGCAUAUUUUUCGAUUAUUCUUGUAUCUUUUAUCUUAUUGAACAUUUCACAAUAAACAUUCCUUUUUUAGUGUACA